GCUGCAGGUAUCUGGUGGCGAGGGCUGCUGGCCCACCAUUUACGUGUGUGCAGGCACGCCGGGCCCCCGAAGAGCUAGUCGCCCCGCUGCCCAGUCCGAUCCCCGAGAAGACUUACCUCCUCCGCUCGGCUGAACACCGGCCGCCUCCUGUGAUUACGGUCCCUUGAUGCCUAAUUGUCCUUGACGUCUCCUGGAGUGUGAGAGGCCCCCUGUAGCAACACCGGGGCGAUGGGUGACAACUUUGCCCCGAGUUUCACCAAGAAGCCCAAACUCCGCCAGGAGGAUGACGGGAACAAACUCAUUUUCGACUGCCAGCUCUCUGCCAACCCGAAACCCGAAAUUGCGUGGUUCCGGGGCGAGGAGCAGGUGCGUGAGAGCUCGAGGAUCACUAUUACCUUGAGGUCGGGAGCGAAGAAUACCCACGAUGUCCAGCUGAUUCUCGACGAUGUGGAGGAGGAGGACGCCGGCCUCUACAAAGUCAAGGCCAAGAACAAGUACGGCGAAGUCUCUGCCUCCAUCAACCUCAACUUCAGUCCCGUAGAGGAGCCGCCAGAAAGACAAAUUGACGGUCUGGCGCCAACCUUCGCUAAGAAACCCGUGAUCAAGCAAGAGGAUGGAGGGAAGCACAUCAAGUUCGAAUGCCGCGUUAUUGCUGAUCCUCAACCGACCAUCACCUGGUACCGAGAUGGAGUCAAGGUGCAAGAGUCCGCCCGGUGCAAGGUGAUCAUCGAGAAGGAUGAGAAGUCAUACUACGUAACGAUGCCGCUGAUGAACGUGACUGUGGAAGACGCCGGCAAGUACAAAGUGACGGCCAAGAACGAACUCGGGGAGAGCAGCGCCUCCAUUAGUCUGAACUUUGACAGUUCCUUUAUGAUGCUCACAGCUGAUGAUACGACAUUGCCCAAGAAGGACGGAGUGAAACCCACCUUUACGGAGCGCCCCAGCAUUAGACAGAGCGAUGACGGCAACAGCGUGAUAUUCUCUUGCAAAUGUGUUGGUGAUCCUCCUCCGACGGUUGUGUGGGAAUUCAAGGGGAAGAAGGUGCGUGAGGAUUCCCGCCACGUGAUGAAGGUGGAGAAGGACGGCAAGGUCAACUACCUGGUGUCCAUGACCAUCACGUCUGUUACCAACGCGGACGAGGGCGAGUACAAGGCCAUCGCUAGCAACAAGAUCGGUGAGGGCGUGGCCACAAUGAACCUUAACUUUGAGGGCAAGACUGAGGAUGAUAAGCCCAAGGUACCGGACGCAAGAGCCCCUCGGUUCCCCAAGAAGCCAGUAAUCCGUCAGGAGGGAGACAAGUUGGUCAUGGAGUGUGUGCUGGAGGCGAACCCGGAGCCUGAGAUCACCUGGUUCAAGGGCACGGAGACCAUCAAGGAGCAGGGUCGUAUUUCCAUGUACAAGAAGAUCUGUGAGCGCGACACGUACAUAGUGUCUAUAGUCAUCUCUAAGCCGGAGGCGUCGGAUGGCGGCCAGUGGAGGUGCAAUGCCUUCAACCCACACGGAGACUCGAACGCAAACAUUUCGCUGAACUUCGAGAAGGGCAAGAUCGUACCGGAAGGAUUCGCUCCCACCUUCCUGGACAAACCCUCAAUCAUCCCUAACGAAACGGGCACUAUGAUCACCAUGAAGGUUCGUUGUAAGGCCAAGCCACAGCCCACAGUGGAGUGGUUCAAGAACGGCGAGCUGGUGAUCGCAGGAAAGCGUCUGGUCGUGAGGGAACACAAAGUCAGCUCCGAGAUGUUUGAGUACUCGUGUAUCGUGAAGGACCCGUGUGCCGAUGACGCCGGGAAGUACAAGUGCAUAGCGAUGAACCACUUCGGGGAGGCCACCGCCAACGUGAAUCUGAACAUCGAGGCCGAGCCGGAGCCGAAGGGCCAGGCGCCGGUGUUCGUGGAGAAGCCAACCAUCAAGUUCGAGGAGAAGGCGGGACGAGUGUUGAUGGAGGCGCUGGUGCGCGCUGACCCCAAGCCCACCUCCACCUGGAGCAAGAACGGCAAGCAGCUGGACGCCUCGCGGGUCACUGCCACCGUCACGCUCGAGAAGGAGGAGCUGUACCGCAUCCGUCUGGUCCUGCGGAAGCCACAGCCGACUGAUGGAGGCGUGUACAAGUGUAACAUUAAGAACGAAUUUGGGGAACUCAACGCCAACCUCAACCUCAACAUUGAAGUGGCGCCCACCAUCAAGAGGCAGCCCAAGGUGAUCUCCAUCAUUAACCGGCGUGUCCUGAUCGAGUGCGUCAUCAUGUCCACCUCCAAGCCCGCCUGCAACUGGUUCAGGGACACCACCAAGGUCAAACUGGACACCCGCCACUGCAUCAACAUCAACGAGGAGAGUGAGGGCAAGUACGUGGUGCAGAUGGAGAUGAUCAGGGCGGAGAGGACUGACUGCGGUAGCUACAAACUCGUGGCCAAGAACGAGAAGGGAGAGACAACAUCCAACACGGUGGAGCUCACGGAGAUUAUGCUGGAAGAGGAGGAGGAGGAGGAGGAGGAGGAAGAAGAAGAGGAAGAAAGCGAUGAAACUGUAAUGGAAAAGAAAGAGGAGGAGGAAGAAUCAGAGGAAGAUGUUUCAAUGGAAGAAACGGAAGAUGAAAAGACGAAAAAGAAGAAAGAGGAAGAGAAAAAGAAAUUAGAGGAAAAGAAGAAGGAAGAAGAGAAAAAGAAGAAGGAAGAGGAGAAAAAGAAACAGGAAGAGAAAAAGAAACAGGAGGAAGAGAAAAAGAAAGUAGAAGAGAAGAAGAAACAAGAAGAAAAGAAGAAACAGGAAGAAGAGAAAAAGAAAAUCGAGGAAAAGAAGAAAGUAGAGGAGAAGAAGAAACAGGAGGAAGAAAAGAAGAAAGUAGAGGAGAAGAAGAAACAGGAGGAAGAAAAGAAGAAAGUAGAGGAGAAAAAGAAACAAGAGGAAGAAAAGAAGAAAGUAGAGGAGAAAAAGAAACAAGAGGAAGAAAAGAAGAAAGUAGAGGAGAAAAAGAAACAAGAGGAAGAAAAGAAGAAAGUAGAGGAGAAAAAGAAAAUAGAAGAGAAAAAGAAGCAGGAGGAAGAGAAGAAGAAAGUAGUAGAGAAGAAAAAGAUUGAGGAGGAGAAGAAGAAAGUAGAAGAGAAAAAGAAAAUCGAAGAGAAGAAAAAGGUAGAGGAAGAGAAGAAGAAAGUAGAGGAAAAGAAAAAGGUAGAGGAAGAGAAGAAGAAAGUGGAAGAGAAGAAAAAGGUAGAGGAAGAGAAGAAGAAAGUGGAAGAGAAGAAAAAGGUAGAGGAAGAGAAGAAGAAAGUGGAAGAGAAGAAAAAGGUAGAGGAAGAGAAGAAGAAAGUAGAAGAGAAGAAAAAAGUAGAGGAAAAGAAGAAGGUUGAGGAGGAAAAGAAAAAGGUAGAGGAAAAGAAGAAGAUUGAGGAGGAAAAGAAGAAAGUAGAAGAGAAGAGGAAGACCAGCCUCACCACGAAGAAGCGCGUAGAGGAGGAAGAAACGGUAACUGAAACUAAGGAGGAAGAGGAGAAGAAGGAUCGAAAGACAAAGGACUCCAAGAUACGCAUGGAGGAGGAAAUAAUAGAGGAGAGAGUGGAAAAGAAAGACGAACCCGCUGAGAAACGAAAGAUAAGUAAAACUGAGGAGAAGAAAGAGACCAUUGAGGAGAAGAGAAAGGAGGAUGCAAAGAGGAAGACAUCGAAGGUAGAGGAAAAGGUAGAGGAGAAAAAGGUAGAAGAGACUAAGGCUAAACCAGAGCCUCAAAAGAAACCCGAGGAACCGAAGAAGAAAACCUCAGUCACGGAGAAGAAAGAGACAGUUGAGGAAAAGAAAACGGGUGCCAAGACGAAGGAACCUGAGCCGAAGACAGAGCCCGCAAGAAAACCCUCGAAAGUAAUGGAUGACGACGCCCCGCCAGAGAAGCCCAAGCUCAAGGUACCAACCUCACCCACCCGGACAUACGAGGAGCCCCAGGAUGAUUCUGACAACGAGCCUGUGGACAUCAUGGCGGACCUUCUAAGUGAGUUCAUCACCGGGAAGAAGAAGCAACACAAACCCUCGCAUCCUCGAAAGAGAGAAGAGGUAAAAGUGGAGCCACCAAAGCCUAAGAAACCUGUUGAAGAGCCGAAACCGGAGCCUAAGAAACCUGAAGAACAAAAACCAGAGCCUAAGAAACCUGAGGAGAAGAAACCUACCGAAGAAGUGAAACCAGAGCCUAAGAAACCUGAAGAGGCGAAACCAGAGCCUAAGAAACCUGUUGAAGAAAAGAAACCGGAGGCUAAGAAACCUGCCGAAGAAGCGAAACCAGAGCCUAAGAAACCUGAAGAGGCUAAACUGGAGGCUAAGAAACCUGCUGAGGAGUCGAAACCGGAGCCGUCAAAGGCCGCCAAAGACAGGAAAGAAUCCACAACAUCUGUCAAGGGUAAGGACAAGGAUGACUCGAAGCCUGUCCAUGGCGAGGCGACCCUGAAGCCCCCACAGGAUAAGAAGCCUAAAGACGAGGAGCCUUACGCGGAGUUCACUGGGGUAGCGCAUCAGGAGCCGAUCCAGAAGAAGAAGUCACAGGUGGAGGCAGAGAAGGAUAUUCCCGCAAAGGUUCAUGGAGAGGCGACCUUGAAACCACCACAGGAUAAGAAGCCCAAAGACGAAGAGCCUCACGCGGAGUUCACUGGGGUAGCGCAUCAGGAGCCGAUCCAGAAGAAAAAGUCGCAGGUCGAGGCCGAGAAAACCAUUCCUGCAAAAGUUCAUGGAGAGGCGACUCUGAAACCGCCACAGGAUAAGAAGCCUAAAGAUGAAGAGCCCCACGCGGAAUUCACGGGCAAAGAGCACCAGGAACCCGUGGGGAGGAAAAAGUCGCAGGUCGAGGCUGAGAAAACCAUUCCCGCAAAGGUUCACGCGGAGGCGACCCUGAAACCGCCACAGGAGAAGAAGCCUAAGGGUGAGGAGCAGCACGCGGAGUUCACGGGGAAGGAGCAUCAGGAACCACCCAAGAAGAAGACAUCGCAGGUGGAGGCGAAGGGAACGGUGAAGACUCCAGCGCCGGGGAAGAAGCAACUGGAGGAGACGACCGAAGAUCAGACCUUUACUCUUCGUCCUCCUCCACACGAACCAAGCCCUGAUGAGGACGAGGGGCAGAGUUCUAGUGAGGAUGAGGAAGAUGAGGAAGAUGAGGAGGAUAUUUGGGCCACCCUCAGACAGUGGAAACCGAAAAUUGUGGAGCCCAAGCCUUCGGAUGCCCCCAAGAUCGAAGUCAGCAAGGAGAGGACUCCAGAGCGACGGGGCUCGACGGCUGCAGGCUCGGGACCCCCCAGCAGAAGAGGAUCACUUAUUCCACCUGAGGAUGGAGCAGGAGGACGCAGACCCUCUCUCAUCAUUGCAGACGAGGCGGCCCGCUCGAGGUUGCGUCCCGGCGAGGAAGUAGUGGAGUCAAGGCGCCGGCGUCCAAGCCAAGACGUCAGGCGACCCUCCAUGCAGGACGACGAGAAGAUGGACAAGCCGAGCACUCCAUUGAAGGCGAGAGGCGGCCCUGCUCCUGCCAUCGUGGACGUGCAGCAGAAAUACACAGCCGUUGAGGACCAGAACGGUUACAUUGAUCUGGUGGUGGAGGGUGAGCCUCCCUUUAAGAUUAAGUUCUUGAAGGGCGGCAUCACUGAGAUCGUGGAGGGCGGCCGCUACAAGAUCCACACUGAGGGCGAGACCAACACUGUCACCCUCUGCAUCAGGAAGACCAAGCCCAACGAUGAGGGUCGCUACUCCGUCAAUGUCACCAACGCCCACGGUGAAGACUCCGCCGAGAUGGACUUCUACGUGUCUGACGCUAGCGGUAUGGACUUCCGUGCCAUGCUGAAGAAGAAGAAAUACGCGAAGUGGAAGAGGGACAACGAGGAUCCUGACUGGGGUGAGCUGAAGGAGGCGGAGAAGGAAAUUAAGCCUCAGCUCCGCAAAGUCGAACGGGAACGCUCACCCAGACUUAAGCCAGGCGACCCGGGAAGCCGCAAGCCAUCCUUGUCUGAGAUUAUUCCGGACUGGCCCACCCUACAUGCUGUCAAACGUACAAGGAAGCAGGAGUCGUGGAUCAAGCCCCUGGUGGAUCUGACGGUGAAGGAAGGCAAGGAGAAGAUGGCUAAGUUCGAGGGUGAAUUCUCCAAGAAGGAAUCUAAGCCUAAGUGGUUCUUCAAGAAGGAUGAGCUCUUCCCAGGCUCAAAGUACAAGUUCAAGUCUGAGGUUGGCGUGCACUCCCUCAUCAUCAGCAAGCCCACGGUGGAGGACAUGGGUCGCUAUUCCGUGGAGUGCAUGGGUAUUUCUUGCUCCGCCAUCCUCACCGUCCAGGAGCCUGACCCUGAUUACAAGUUCGUGCGGCCGCUGCCAAAGAAGACCAGCUGCUACACCACCAAGGAGGCCACUCUGGAGGCGCAGGUCAACUCCCACAAGGCCAUCGUGCACUGGUACUACGGGGACACCAAGAUCGAGGACAACGAGAAGUACGAGACCUACAAGGACAUGACGGGCACGGUGCGCCUCACCAUCAAGAAGGCCAGCAAGAAGGACAAGGGCAAGUACACCGCCAAGAUCUUCCGCUGCGAAAAGGAAGUGUCGGAAACAACCCUCAGUGUCGUCGACCAGCCCUUCAAGUUCACGAAGACGCUCAAGUCAAGGACGGUCACUGAGAACCACAAGGUCGUGCUGGAGUGUGAAGUGGACGAGGCUGAGGCGCCCGUCGAGUGGUUCUACGGCGACAAGAAGCUCACGCCGGAUACCAAAGGAUCUCAAGGUUCCUCGUACAUCCGCACAGGCGCUCAGAGCAUCAAGAUCAUGAAGGACGGCAGGAAGAGGCAGCUGGUGUUCAAGAGUAUCGCCAUGGAGGAUGCUGGCAACUACACCUGCAGAACUAACGCUGAUGAGACCGCCUGCGAAACCAUUGUGCAGUUCGAAAACAAGUUCAAGAAGCCGCUGCAGGACCAGAUGACUUACGAGAGGCAGCCCGCGACCUUCGAAGUGGAGCUGGUGGACCCCGACGCGCCCCUCACAUGGUUCAUCAAGGGCGAGGAGGUGAAACCCGGUGACAACUUUGAGAUCGUGAAGAACGGCGCCGUGCACAAGCUGAUCAUCAAGGAGGCAGCUAUGGACCACGAGGGAGAGAUCAAGGCUGUGUGCGGGAACUUGGAGACCUCUUGCCAGCUGAGUGUGGGCGAAGGAGAGAAGCCCCCGAGCAUCAAGCCUGAGGAACCCAUCGAGGGCCCCGUCAGCAAGCCUUUGACCUUCGAUGUUCCCUACACCAUCCCCGGCGUCAGGAUCUCCAAGGUGGACGCCAAGCUCCUGAAGGACGGCAAGCCCAUGAGCCCGAAGGAGGUGGAGAUCAAGGUGAUGGACAAGAAGGUCGUGUACACCAUCAAGAAGCCGAGCCGUGACCAGACCGGAAAGUACACAAUCAAGAUGUCCAACAAGGCAGGCUCCAGCACCAAGGACGUCAAGAUCAACAUGCAGGAUAAGCCAAGUCCCCCAACUAACUUCGAGGUGUCAGAAAUCUUCUCCACCUCCUGCGUGCUGACUUUCGCGCCGCCCAAGGAUGACGGCGGCCUUCCUUUGACCUACUACACCAUCGAGAGGCAGGACUUCGCCGUCAAGGCAUCGCAUCCGAGAAUCUGGGAAAGAACAGGCGGAUGGUCGCAAGUGGCUGAGAUUCCGGCAGACGAGCCUCUCAGGUUUAAAUGCGAGGACCUCGAGAACAAGAAGCAGUACAAGUUCAAGAUCACUGUGAGCAACAAACUUGGCGCCUCUGACCCCAACGUGCAUCCCAAGGUCAUCUUAGCUAAGGAUCCCUGGGAUGAGCCCGGCAAGAUCCUGCACGUGGAGGUCACUGACUGGGGUCCUGACCACGCUGACCUGCGCUGGUCCCGUCCUGAGAGCGAUGGCGGCGCCCCCAUCACUGGCUACGUCAUUGAGUACAGGACACGCGCCAUGCCCAAAGGCGGAGAUGUGGACCGAUUCUCCGACUGGGCCAUGGGUCACGAGAUCCAAGGAGACGUGCUGGAGGGCACCAUCCCCGGCCUGAAGGAGGGUAACCAAUACGAGUUCAGGAUCAGGGCUGUCAACAAGGCAGGUCCUGGUGAGCCGUCCGACCCCACCAAGCCCAUCCAGGCCAAACACCGCUUCGUGAAGCCAUACGUGAUCAACAAGGAGGAGUUCAGGAACAUUGUGAUCAAGAAGACACAACUGUUCAAGCUGGACGUGCGCUAUGCCGGCGAGCCUGAGCCCACCGUCAUCUGGAAGAAGGAUGACAAAGAGAUCCUGCCCGACGAGGAGGAGAGGCUCGGCGACCCAUACAACUGCCGCAGGAUCACCAUUGAGCAGUUUGAGAGGAACACAGUGCUCACCCUGAGGAAGGGCGUGAGGCAGGACACUGGCAAGUACAAGCUGUGUCUCGUCAACUCCGUGGGCGAGUGCGAGGAGGAGGCUGAUGUGGUGAUCCUGGGCAAACCCAUGCGCCCUGAGGGUCCUCUCUUCCCUGAGGAGAUUCGCGCUGACCACGUGAAGCUCAAGUGGAAGAAACCCAAGGAUGAUGGAGGCCUGCCCAUUGAAGGCUACGUCAUUGAGAAGAUGGACCUCGACACGGGUGCUUGGGUGCCCGCAGGAGAGAUCGGUCCUGACAAGCAGGAGUUCACUGUUGAUGGCCUCACACCCAAGAAGAAAUACAAGUUCCGUGUGAAGGCCGUCAACAAGGAGGGAGAGUCUGAGCCUCUGGAGAACGACGAGCCCAUCUUGGCUCGUAACCCUUACGAUGAGCCAGGUCGUCCUGGCAAACCCGAAAUCAUCGACUACGAUAACACGAUGGUGGUGCUGCGCUGGACACCCCCGGAGAAGGACGGCGGCCGCCCCAUCACCCACUACCACGUUGAGAUGAAGGACAAGCACUCCUUGGAAUGGAAGGAAGUUGUGCAGACCAAGGACACCAACUGUGAGGCACAGGUGCCCGGCCUAAAGGAGGGAACCAUCUACAGCUUCCGAGUGCGUGCUGCUAACAAGGCUGGUGUUGGUGAGGCCUCAGAACCCACUGACAACCACAAGUGCAAACAUAAGAACUUGAAGCCUCGCAUUGACCGCACCAACUUCAAGUCUGUGACCAUCAAGGUAGGACGCAGCCACAAGUGGGCAGUGGACUACAUUGGUGAGCCAGACCCAGAAGUGGAGUGGAUCUUCAAGGAGAGUGUGGUGUCCUCCUCUGACCGCAUCAACAUUGAGAACACCGACCAUCACACUGAGUUCUCCGUCACCAACGCCAAGAGGAAGGAUGCUGGACUGUACACUCUCAAGAUAGAGAACCGCAAUGGCAAGGACACAGAGACCGUGGAGCUAGUGGUGCUGGGCAAACCAGCCAAAUGCCAAGGCCCUCUUGAUGUGUCCAACAUUCAUGACACUGGCUGUACCCUCAAGUGGGAGGAGCCAAAGGAUGACGGUGGCCUGCCCAUCAAGGAGUACGAGGUUGAGAAGAUGGAUCUGGCAACUGGCAAGUGGAUCCGAUGUGGCAAGUGCCCCGGUGCUGUGGUUCCUCCCUUCUUCAACGUGGAGGGACUUGAGCCAGGCCACCAGUACAAGUUCCGAGUCACUGCCGUCAACGAUGAGGGUGACUCAGAGCCCCUGGAGGCUGACCAAGCCAUCCUUGCCAAGAAUCCCUUCGAUGUCCCCAAGGCUCCUGGCCGUCCAGAGAUCAUCGACUAUGACAACAAGUCUGUUGACCUGAAGUGGACCGUGCCUGAGUCUGAUGGCGGUGCACCAAUCAUGAAGUACAUUGUGCAGAAGAAGGACAGGUACAUGCCUGACUGGGAGGCUGCUGCCGAGGUGAAGCAGGAUGUUACCAAGCCGCUCAAACCCGGCGACACUGUGGAGACCAAGGUGGGCGGCCUCAAGCACCGCGCUGAGUACCAGUUCAGGGUGGUUGCUGUCAACAAGGCUGGAAACUCACCUGAAUCAGAGGCCACAGACUACCACCUGGUGAAACAUCGUGCCCUCAAGCCUCGCAUCGACCGCACUAACCUCAAGCAGAUCACAAUCAAGGCUGGACGCAAUGUGAAGCUUGACGUCAACGUAGAGGGAGAGCCUGCGCCAACCAUUCAGUGGAUUUUCCAGGAGAAGGAGGUGCAGGAGACCAAUGUGGAGAUCGUCAAUGUGGACUACAACACCAAGUUCAACAUUAUUGACGCCAAGAGGAAGCAGAGUGGAACUUACAAGAUCAUCGCCACCAACCAGCACGGCAAAGACGAGGCUGAGGUGGAGAUCGUCAUCCUCUCUGGCCCUUCAAAGCCUAAAGGUCCUCUCAAGGUUUCUAAUGUCACCAAGAAGAGCUGCAAACUCAAGUGGGAGAAGCCUGAUGACGAUGGUGGCCUUCCCAUCAAGGAGUACCUGGUGGAGAAACAGGACCCCAUCACUGGCCGCUGGGUUCCCGUCGGCAGGACCAAGGACACCAACAUGGACGUCCCUGGGCUGCAGGAGGGCAAGGAAUACAUGUUCCGCGUGAAGGCUGUCAAUGAUGAGGGAGAAUCUGAGCCCCUUGAGACCGACCACGCUGUCCUGGCUAAGGAUCCCUACAGUAUCCCAGGCAAACCAGGCACUCCAGACAUUGUGGACUGGGAUGUGGAUCGUGUUGACCUUAAGUGGGAGCCUCCUAAGGACACUGGCGGUGCCCCCAUCACCAAAUACAUCAUUGAGAAGAAGGAACGCUAUGGAUCUUGGGAGCCUAUCCAUGAAUCAGAGGGCCCCAAGACAGAGUGCAGAGUGCCUGGCCUGAAGGAGGGCAACACCUACCAGUUUCGUGUGGUGGCCGUCAACAAGGCUGGUCCUGGCGAGCCUUCUGACUCCACCAAACCUCACGUAGCCAAGGCCAGAUUCCUCAAGCCUCACAUCAACCGUGACAAGCUGAAGAAGAUUGUCGUUCGUGCCUCCAAGAAGAUUCACUUGGAGGUUGACGUUAAGGGUGAACCUCCUCCAGAGAUCACAUGGAGCCUGAAGAACAAGAAGGUGGAGACUGGUGGAAACUACAUCAUACAGGGUGAAGACUACCUCACCAAGAUCACCAUCAAUGACUGUGAGAGGCGCCACACCGGCAUCUACAAGAUCCAUGCCAAGAACGACUCAGGCACUGAUGAGGCUGACCUGGAGAUUGUAGUGCUGGACCGCCCCGGCAGGCCUGAGGGUCCCCUGGAGGUGUCUGACGUGCACAAAGAAGGGUGCAAGCUCAAGUGGGAGAAGCCCAAGGAUGAUGGUGGCCUUCCCAUUGACGGCUAUGUGGUGGAGAAGAUGGACGUCACCACAGGCCGUUGGGUGCCAUGUGGCCGCACUGAUGGGGACAACCCAGAGCUGGAGGUGACUGGCCUGGAGCCAGGACACAAGUAUGAGUUCCGUGUGAAGGCUGUCAAUGAUGAGGGCGAGUCUGACCCUCUGGAUAGCGACCGUGCCAUCCUCGCCAAGGAUCCAUUCGACAAGCCUGGACCUCCUGGGUUGCCUGAGAUUGUGGACUUUGAUGAGAACUCUGUGAAGCUCAAAUGGGACCCACCAAUCAGGGAUGGCGGCGCUCCCAUCACCGGCUACGUGCUGGAGAUGAAGCCCAAGGAUGGUGACAAAUUUGAGGAGGUGGGCAAGAUCAAGGGCAACACCUGCGAGGGCCCCAUCAAUGGCCUGAAGGAGGGUGAGAAAUAUGAGUUCCGUGUCAGAGCCGUCAACAAGGCUGGUGUCGGUGAUCCCUCAGACUCCACCCUUCCACACACUGCCCGCGCCCGCUACCGCAAGCCGCGCAUUGACCGCACCAAUGUCAAGGACAUAAUCCUUAAGGUUGGCCAGCAGCACCUGUACGAUAUUGACAUCAUUGGUGAGCCGAAGCCAUCCACUGAAUGGACCGUUGAGGGCAAGAACGCCAAGGUCCUCCUCUCUUUCGAGCAGGAAGUUAACUCAACUGAAGUAAUGAGGGUGGACUCUACCGGCAACAACACCAAGGUGCUCAUCCUCAAGGCACGCAGGGAAAUGACCGGCAAGUACGUGCUCAAGGCCAAGAACAAGCACGGCGAGGACUCUGUGCAAAUCGACAUCACUGUCCUUGGACCACCCAGCAGGCCUGAGGGACCCCUGGAAGUGACUGAUGUCAAGGCAAAUGGAUGCAAACUCAAGUGGGACAAACCAGAAGAUGAUGGUGGCCUCCCAGUUGAUCACUAUGAGAUUGAGAAGCUGGACCCCUUGACUGGCCAAUGGAUGCCUUGCGGAGAGUCCAAGACACCUGAGUUUGACGUGACGGGUCUGCAGGAAGGCAAGAAGUACAAGUUCAGGGUGAAGGCUGUCAAUCCUGAAGGAGAGUCUGAACCUCUGGAAGCUGACAAGGCCAUCAUUGCCAAGAAUCCUUAUGACCCGCCUGGUAAGCCCGGGAAGCCCAAGGCCACCAACUGGGACAAGGACUUUGUGGACCUUGAGUGGGCCAAGCCAAAGGACGACGGUGGUGCAGAGAUCACUCAGUACGUCGUUGAGAAGCGUGACGUGAGUGGUCGUGGCUGGUCCCCAUGUGGUUCCUGCCCUGGCAACAAGACCUCUCUGAAGAUCACUGAUGUCGAGCCAGGCAAAGAGUACCAGUUCCGUGUUGUUGCCAAGAAUAAGGCUGGGCCCUCUGACCCAUCAGACCCCUCUGACUCAGUCAUUUGCAAGCCAAGAUUCUUGGCUCCACGCAUUGACCGCAAGAACUUGGGCCGUAAGACUGUGCGCUCCAGCAUGACCUUCAAGAAUGAGAUCAAGGUGGAGGGUGAGCCUGAUCCCAAGGUCACCUGGUCCAUUGAAGGCAAGCCCGUUAAGAAUGAGCGCAUCAACAUCCAGAGUGAAGACCACCUGACCACCUUCCUCCUCCGCAAGGCCAAGCGUGCCGACAGCGGCAUCUACAAGAUCAUCGCCAAGAAUGACUCUGGCACUGACGAGGCAGAGAUGGAGCUGGUUGUCAUUGACAAGCCCAGCAAGCCCAAGGGUCCUCUGAAGGUGUCUGAUGUCACUGCGGAGUCAGUGAAGCUCAAGUGGGAGCCGCCAGAGGAUGACGGUGGUGAGCCUAUUGACCAUUAUGUGGUGGAAAGGAUGGACACUGAGACUGGCCGCUGGGUUCCUGUCACUGAGUCCAAGAGCCCUGAGGCUGAGGUGCCAGGCCUGGUGGAGGGCAAGGACUACAUGUUCCGUGUGAGGGCCGUCAACUCAGAGGGAGAGUCUGAGCCACUGGAGACUGACACCCCAACCAAGGCCAAGAACCCCUAUGAUCCCCCAAGCAAGCCAGGCAAGCCUGAGGUGAAGGACUAUGACAGAACUUGGUGCGAACUGAAGUGGAAGGCUCCUGAUGAGGACGGCGGUGCCCCCAUCACCAGCUACAUCAUUGAGCGCAAGGACAAGUUCUCUGCCAAGUGGGUGAAGCACUGCGACACGAAGAGCAACAAACCAGAGUUCAAGGUGCAGGACCUGACAGAGGGCGAGACCUACCAGUUCCGUGUCAAGGCUGUCAACAAGGCUGGCCAGAGCAAACCAUCUGAGCCUAGUGACAACUUCACUGCCAAGGCCAAGUUCUUGAAGCCUCACAUUGACCGCAGCAACCUGGAAAACAUCACUGUGCGUGCUGGGCAGAUGAUCAAGUUUGAUGCCAAGGUUACUGGUGAGCCAGUACCCAAGAAGACUUGGUUCAUUAACAAGGCCAGGCAGGAAAAGGAUGGUGAGGAGGUUAAGAUUGAUGAGGAGGACCACCGCACCAAGAUUGUCAUCCCAAGCUGCACCAGAGCCCACAAUGGCACCUUUGUUAUCAAGGCAGAGAACUCUGCUGGCAAGGAUGAGGUUGCCAUUGAAGUGACAGUGCUUGACAAGCCUGGGAAGCCUGAGGGUCCCCUGAAGGUGUCUGAUGUGCACAAGGAAGGCUGCACACUCAAGUGGAAGGAGCCCCUGGAUGAUGGCGGUGCUCCUGUGGAACAGUACAUCGUGGAGAAGCUGGACACAGAGACUGGCCGCUGGGUGCCUGUUGGCAGGUGCCGUGAGCCCUGCAUGGAGGUUGAGAACUUGGAGCCCAACCAUGAGUACAAGUUCCGUGUCUCUGCCAUCAACAGUGAGGGUGAGUCUGAGCCCCUUGAGGGCCUGGACACCAUUGUGGCUAAGAAUCCCUUCGAUCCACCUGAUCCACCUGGCAAGCCUGAGGCCACUGACUGGGACAAGGACUUUGUGGAGCUCAAGUGGCCCAAGCCCGCCAAAGACAAUGGUGCCCCCAUCACUGGCUACAUUGUUGAGAAGCGCGACGAGGCCACCGGCCGCUGGGUGAAGGCUGCCGAGGUCAAGGGUGACAAUCCCAAGGCCCGCGUGGAGGACCUGGAUGAAGGCGAGACCUAUGAGUUCAGGGUGAGGGCUGUCAACGAAGCUGGUCCUUCAGAUCCCUCUGAGGCCAGCAAACCCAUCACCUGCAAGCCCAGGAAGUUGAAGCCAAGGAUUGAUCGCCGCAACCUGAGGGACAUCACAGUAAGGGAGGGAGAGCCAAUCCUCUUGGACGUCAAGGUGAUUGGUGAACCACCACCAGAUGUGGAGUGGUACCAUGGCAACAAGGUCGUGCAGGAGACCAGGAAUGUGCGUGUGGAGAAUGUUCCCUACAACACCAAGUACAUCAAUGAUGAACCUCUGCGUAAGCACACCGGAGUGUACAAGAUUGUGGCCACCAACCAGUACGGCAAAGACGAGGCUGAAGUCAACAUCACUGUCAUCUCCAAGCCCAGCAAGCCUGAAGGACCCCUGGAGGUAAAGGACAUCCACAAGGAAGGCUGCAAACUGAAGUGGAAGCCUCCUAAGGAUGACGGUGGCCUACCUGUGGAAGGAUAUGUGGUGGAGAAGUUUGAUCCUGACAUGGGUCUGUGGCUGCCAGUAGGCAAGACCUCCACCCCUGACAUGGAGGUGACAGACCUGACGCCAGGCCACGAGUAUGAGUUCCGUGUGAAGGCUGUCAACAAGGAAGGCGAGUCAGAGCCACUAGUCACUCUGGCCCCCAUUGUUGCCAAGGAUCCCUUCGGUGUACCAGGCCGCCCUGGCACCCCAGAGCCUACUGACUGGGAUGCCAACCGCAUUGACCUCAAGUGGCCCAUGCCUGUGGAUGAUGGCGGUGCUGCCAUCUCCCACUACAUCAUUGAGAAGCGUGAUAAGUACACGAACCUUUGGGAGAAGGCUGUGGAGACUGACACUCCUGAAUGCAAGGGCACUGUACCAAACCUGAUUGAGGGAAUGGAAUACCAGUUCCGCAUCAUUGCUGUCAACCGCGCAGGUCCUGGCGACCCAUCAGACCCAUGCCGACCCAUUGUUGCCAAGCCUCGAUUCUUGGCACCCAAGAUUGACCGCAAGAACCUGCGUGAUGUAACCAUCUCUGCUGGCUCCAUGCUGAAGUAUGACUGUGACAUCAGUGGAGAACCACCUCCAACUUCAUCCUGGACCUUUGAGGGCCAGAAGCUGGAUUCCAACAGGCAUAUCAACAUCACCACUUCUGAGUACAACUCCAAGCUGGUGAUCCGUGACACUGUGCGUGGUGACACCGGUGAAUACGUCAUCACUGCCACCAACAGCUCUGGCAAGGACAGGGUGACAGUGCGUGUAACUGUCACAGACAAGCCUGACAAGCCCGAAGGCCCUGUCAAGGUGUCUGAUGUCCAUGGCAAUGGCUGCAAGUUGAAGUGGAAGCGCCCCAAGGAUGAUGGCGGUACCCCCAUUGAGUACUACCAGGUGGAGAAGCUGGACCCCAACACCGGCCUUUGGGUCCCUGUUGCCCGCACCAAUGGCCCUGAGCCGGGCGUGGAGCUCAACAACCUCUCGCCUGGAACAGAGUACGAGUUCCGUGUGAAGGCUGUCAAUGCUGAGGGAGAGUCUGCUCCCCUGUAUGCUGACGAGCCUGUGCUGGCCAAGGAUCCUUAUGAGGAGCCUAGCAAGCCUGAGAAUCUGCAGGUGGCUGACUACAAUGAGAACAAGGUGGAUCUCAAGUGGGACAAGCCCAAGACGGACGGCGGUGCUCCCAUUGAGAAGUACAUCAUUGAGAAGAAGGACAAGUACGGUGGAUGGGACAAGGCAUGUGAGGUGCCAGCCAAUCAGACCAGCUGCUCUGUGCCAGAUCUCAUUGAGGGUGAAACCUAUGAGUUCCGCGUGAGGGCAGUCAACCCUGCCGGCCCUAGCCUGCCAUCCAAUGUCACAGAGCCAGUCACUGUCAAGGCCAAGAACCAGGCACCCAAGAUUGACCGCACUAACCUGCAGCCAGUGCGCAUCAAGGCUGGCCAGAGCUUCAACUUUGAUGUGAAUGUUACUGGUGAGCCUGCCCCAGAGAAGAAGUGGUUCCUCAAGAAGAAGGAAAUCAAGUCUGCCUCAGUGACCAGCAUCCGCUUCAGCGAUUACAACACCAAGCUGCGUGUGACAGGCGCCUCGAGGGCUGAGAGUGGCACCUACACCCUCACGGCUGAGAACGACAGUGGCAAAGACUCCGCUGAUGUGGAAGUCAUUGUUCUUGAUCGCCCAACGGCUCCCAAUGGCCCUCUGAAGGUGUCUGAAGUGUACGCCGAAGGCUGCAAGCUGGACUGGAACCCACCUGCUGAUGAUGGUGGCUGCCCCAUUGACCACUAUGCCAUUGAGCAGCUGGACGAGGCCACCGGACGCUGGGUGCCUGCAGGAGAGACAGAUGGAAAGGAGACCACCUUCAACGUAGAAGGUCUCACGCCGGGACACAAGUACAAGUUCCGUGUGAAGGCUGUGAACCGCCUCGGGCAGUCUGACCCACUCACUGCCCAGCAGGCCAUUGAGGCAAAGAACCCAUAUGAUCCACCUGGCGUGCCUAAGGAUGUCCAGAUUGCUGAUUUCGAUGCUGACUUUGUGGACCUGGCCUGGAAGAAACCUGAGGGAGAUGGUGGUUCCCCCAUUACUGGUUACAUCAUUGAGAAGAGAGACAGAUACAGCCCGUUAUGGGACAAGUGUGCCACCGUGGAUGGUGACCAGUGCAGUGCCCACAUUCCUGACCUCAUGGAAGGAAACGUGUAUGAGUUCCGUGUGGUGGCCGUCAACAAGGCAGGUCCCGGUGAACCCUCAGAACCAACCAAGCCACAUGUUGCCCGGCCCAAGAACCUUCCUCCUCGCAUUGACCGUAAUGCCAUGAUGGACGUGAAGAUCAAGGCCGGAGAGAACCUGAACCUGCCAGUACCAGUGGUUGGUGAGCCUCCUGCCACCAAGCAGUGGCGUGUCAAGGACAUGGACCUCUACCCCUCAGCCAACCUCUCCAUCAUCAACGAGGACUACUGCACCACCAUCAAGAUCACAGACUGCAAGCGAGGUGACAGUGGUGCCUACACCCUCAAUGCUCGCAACAAAAAUGGUGAGGACACCUGCACUGUCAACAUUACUGUCCUGGAUGCUCCCGGUGCUCCCGAAGGUCCACUCAAGUACUCUGAUGUCAACCACAGUGGUUGCACUGUCAGCUGGAAGCCACCCAAGGAUGACGGUGGUUCUGACAUCACAGGCUACGUAGUGGAGAAGAUGGACAUGGACACUUACCGCUGGGUGCCAGUUGGUGAGGUCAAGGGCACCAGCCUGCACGUUGAUAAUCUCAUUGAGGGACAUGACUACAAGUUCCGUGUGUCGGCCCUCAACCGUCAGGGCCAGGGACCAGCACUCACUGGAACUGACACCAUCACAGCCAAGGAUCCCUUCAGCAAGCCCACCAAGCCAGGCUCACCCGAAGUCAUGGAUUGGGACAAGGACCGUGUUGAUCUGCAAUGGACUGAGCCACGUUCAGAUGGUGGUGCUCCCAUCACCAGCUACAUCAUCGAGAAGAAGAAACGCUUUGGUCCGUGGGAGAAGGCAGUGGAGAUCCCAGCCAAGCAUGGCCCCAAGGCUUCUGUGCCAGACCUAGAGGAGGGUGAGGAAUACCAGUUCCGUAUCGUUGCUGUCAACAAGGCUGGAAACUCUGAGCCCUCAGAGGCCUCACAACCAGUGGUGUGCAAGGCACGCUUUGAGAAGCCUUCCUUCGAUGGCAAGGCACUGGAGGACCAGAUCAUCAAGGUUAACACUCGCCUCAACUACACUGUGCCCAUCCGUGGUGCCCCCAAGCCUAAGGUCUCCUGGACUGUAAAUGAAGAGCCUCUGCUUGAGUCCAAGCGCGUUGACCUGCAGACCUAUGGCAAACAGACCAUCCUGGACAUUCCCUUCGCCCAGCGCUCUGACAGCGGCCGCUACACUAUCACGCUGGAGAAUGAACUGGGUAAGGUAUCCGCCUCAGCCAAGGUGACUGUGCUGGACCGACCUGCACCUCCUGGAGGUCCUCUCAUUGUGAGCGAUGUCACCCGUGAGAGCUGCAAGCUGGGCUACAAGACCCCUGCUGAUGAUGGUGGCUCCCCCAUCCUCCACUACCUGGUGGAGAAGAUGGACAUGUCCCGUGGCACCUGGACAGAGGUGGCUGAGGUGGCCGGUCUGACAGCUGAUGUGUACAACUUGAUCCACAUGAAGGAAUACCACUUCAGGGUCAAGGCUGUCAAUGCCAUUGGAGAGUCUGAACCACUCACCACUGACAAGAGCGUCAUUGCCAAGAAUGCCAAAGAUGAGCCCAGCCCUCCUGGCCGUCCCAAGGUGGUAGACUGGGACAAGGACCAUGUGGACCUGGAAUGGACCCCACCCCCCAGCGAUGGUGGUGCUCCCAUCUCUGGCUACAUCAUCCAGAAGAAGGAACGUGGCUCACCCUAUUGGCAGAAUGCUGUGAAGCUGACUGGUCCAGAGACUAAGGGCACAGUCCCCAACCUGACAGAGGGACAGGAGUAUGAGUUCCGUGUUGUCGCCGUCAACAAUGUCGGCAACUCUGAGCCUUCCGAGCCUUCAGAUGCUGUGGUGUGCCGCCCACGACACUUGAAGCCCAAGAUCCUGGGGCCGCUGCACGACAUCCGCAUCAAGGCCGGCCAGGUGCUGCACGUGGAUGUGGACUACAUUGGCGAGCCACAGCCCAGCGUGUUCUGGUACAACGACGACAAGGAGCUGCUGGCUGAUGUGCGCACCACCAUCACUGCCAUCAACAACCACAGUGUCUUCCAUGCCGUCAACACCACCCGAGGAGACUCUGGCCAGUACAAGAUCCGUCUGAAGAAUGACAGCGGUGAGGAUCAAGGAACCUUCAAUGUCAUCGUGCUGGACACCCCAGGAUCCCCUGAAGGACCCCUCAACUAUGAUGAAAUCCAAGCCAACAGCGUGGACAUCUCCUGGAACCCACCAAAGGACGAUGGUGGCAGCCCCAUCACCGGUUAUGUCAUUGAGAAGAGGGACAUCACCCACGGUGGAGGCUGGGUGCCUGCUGUUAACUGGGUGGAUCCUAAGGACACUCAUGCCACAGUGCCUCGCCUCCUGGAGGGCACUCAGUAUGAGUUCCGAGUGAGGGCUGAGAACAUGCAGGGCACUGGUGAACCCUUGGUGUCAGACAAGCCUGUCACUGCCAAGGCUUCUGCUGAUGUUCCUGGCCAGCCUGGCAAACCCACCUGCACAGAUUCUGACAAGGACUUCAUCAAGAUCCACUGGUCUGCACCACGCUCCACUGGUGGCUCCCCCAUCACUGGCUACGAUGUGGAGCGCUGUGGCAUCCAUUCUGGACGCUGGAAGAAGGUCAACCGUGCUCCAGUCAAGGGAACAGACUUUGUUGAUGACACAGUGUCUGAGGGCGAGCAGUACCAGUACCGUGUUGUGGCCAACAACAAGAUGGGUCCUUCCAACCCUUCAGAUCCUUCACAGCCCAUUGCUGCCAAGCCCAUGAAGGAUGCCCCCAAGCUGUACCUGGAUGGUCUGCUGGGCAAGAAGCUCAAGGUGCGUGCUGGAGAACCAAUCGACAUCAAGAUCCCAAUGUCUGGUGCACCCCAGCCCGCAUGCGAGUGGUCCAAGGGGAAGACAAAGAUCGAACCCAGCAAGAGGACCUCACUGGAGACGACCCCCGACCACUGCCGCCUCUUCGUGGACAAGGCACGUAGGGAUGACUCUGGCAACUACACCAUCACUGCAGAGAAUCCCUAUGGCAAGGACUCUGCCAGUAUUGAGGUCAUUGUGGUGGACAAACCUGGACCACCCCAAGGACCACUGGAAGCCACUGAGGUUACUGCCCAUACCAUCUCCCUGUCCUGGAAGCCGCCUUUGGAUAAUGGUGGAGCAGAGGUCACCGGUUACGUGGUGGAGAAGACUGAGGCUAACUAUGACAUGUGGAAGGUCGUGCCUGGCUACUGCCCCAAGACCAACUUCACCGUCAAGGGUCUUGAAGAAGGAAAGAGGUAUCGUUUCCGUGUCCGUGCUGAGAACAUGUACGGCGUGUCAGAGCCUCUUGAGGGUGUCCCAGUGGAGGCCAAGAAUCCCUUCGACCCACCAGACUCCCCAGAGAAGCCUGAGAUUGAGGGUUACAGCCCAACCUCCUGCCAGCUCGUCUGGAAGCCACCAGAGAACAAUGGUGGCCGCCCAGUCACUGGCUACAUCAUCGAGAAGAGGGACAGAGGCGGCGACUGGAUAAGGGUGAACCACUACCCAACCCCCAACACCCAAUACAAUGUGACGGGCCUGAGCGAGGGCAACCGCUACGAGUUCCGUGUUGUGGCAGUGAACGAGGCAGGACCUGGCAAGCCUAGCAGGCCAUCUGAUGCCAUCGUGGCCAAGGUUCCCAAGUACCUGCCCACUGCACCCGAGGCUCCACGCCCAGAUCGCAUUGGCCGCAACUGCGUGACUCUGUCAUGGCGUCCACCAGCUCAGGAUGGUGGUGCCAGGAUCAAGGGCUACCUGGUGGAGUACCGCCAGAAGGACGAGGACGAAUGGACCCCCGCCAACAGCCUGCCUCACCCAGACCCAACCUACACUGUGCUCGGCCUGAACGAGCAGGAUGAGUACUACUUCAGGGUGAUUGCUGUCAAUGAGGUGGGUCAGUCUCCUCCCUCAAGGCCAUCUCCUCUCAUCAAGAUUGAGGAACAGGCCAACAAGCCACGCAUUGACCUGAGUGGCAUCCGCGACAUCACAGUGAAGGCCGGAGAGGACUUCUCCAUCCAUGUGCCAUACACUGCAUUCCCCAAGCCAACCUCCACCUGGUACCACGACGAUGAGGACAUCAAGAUCGACCAGGACCCACGCAUGCACGAACAGCUCACCGACGAUUUCUGUGCCAUGAUUGUCACCAAUGCCAAGCGCAGCGACACCGGUCCAUACAAGCUGCGGCUCCAGAACCCAUCCGGCUUUGACACCGUGUCUGUCAAUGUGAAGGUGCUGGACCGCCCUGCACCACCAGAGAACCUCCGUGCCGACGAGUUCAACGGCGAUGCUCUUACUCUGUUCUGGAAUCCUCCCAAGGACAAUGGCGGUGGAGAAAUCACCAAUUAUGUGGUGGAGAAGCGCGAGCCUAAGGGCGCCUGGGUGAAGGUGAGCAGCUACGCCACCGCUCCCUUCUUGCGCAUCCGCAACCUGACCGUCAACAAGGAGUAUGAGUUCCGUGUGAUGGCAGAGAACAUGUAUGGCCAGUCAGACCCAUGCACUUCCCCAACACCCAUCAGAGCCAGACAUCCCUUCGAUCCUCCCGGUGCCCCUGGAGCUCCACGUGGUCUGGAAUCCACCGAGGACUCCAUCACCAUCCAAUGGACAAAGCCACGACACGAUGGCGGCGCUUACAUCCAGGGCUACAUUGUGGAGAAGAGGAUAGUGGGCGACCUGGCCUGGAGCAGAGCCUCUCAUGCCAUGGUGAAGGACACAACCUACCGUGUCAUCAACCUCACAGAGCACCAGGAAUAUGAGUUCCGUGUUGCUGCUGUCAAUGCCGCUGGCCAGGGUCCAUGGAGUGACCCAAGUGAGAACAUCAAGUGCAUCAGCUUCCGCGCGCCCAAGAUCACUUCCGACCUGAGCAUCCGUGACAUGACAGUGAUUGCUGGUGAGGAGUUCACCAUCACCGUGCCUUUCAUUGCCUCACCACUGCCUAAGGCACAAUGGUGGAUUGGACCUAAUGAGGUGAUUCCUGACCAACGCAUCCAGUUCCAGAUGGAACCAUCAGGCACUGCCCACAUCUUUGUCAACAAGAAUGCCAAGCGCAGCGACAUUGGCAAGUACACUGUCAAGCUCACCAACUCAGAGGGUGCUGACUCUGCUUCCUGCAAGGUCAACGUGGUGGACCGGCCAUCACCCCCACAGGGACCACUGGAGGUGUCAGACAUCACCCCAGAGAGCUGCUCCUUGGCUUGGCGUCCUCCUCUCGACGACGGUGGUUCUCCAAUCACCAAUUACCAGGUGGAGAGGCUAGAGCCACUGACAGGCAUGUGGAACAGAGUCUCGGCCUUCGUGCGCUCCUGCCACUACGACGUCAUCGGCCUCGAGCCCAACAAGUCAUACCGCUUCCGCGUCAGGGCUGAGAACCAGUACGGUGUGUCAGACCCACUGGAGACCCAAGAUGCCAUUGUUGCAAAGUUCCCAUUCACUGUGCCAGAACCUCCUGGUCGCCCCAACAUCCUGGACCACGACAUCAAUUCUGUCAUGCUCAACUGGGACCGCCCAUCUUCCGAUGGCGGCUCAAGGAUCCAGGGCUACAAGGUGGAGUAUCGCGACUUGACCGACGCCAACUGGACCUCCGCCAACGACUUCCUGGUGAAGGAGACGACAUACACCGUCCACUCACUCCUUGUCAACCACGACUACGAGUUCCGUGUCAAGGCUAAGAAUGCUGCAGGCUUCAGUAAGUACUCACCACCUAGCAAGACUGUUAAGAUGAAGGGCAAGUAUAAUGUGCCAGCACCACCAGGCACUCCUGUUGUCUCCAAGAUUGGCAGGAACUAUGUGGACCUGACAUGGACUCCACCAGAGAGUGAUGGAGGCUCCCGUGUCACUGGCUACUUGAUAGAGAGGCGAGAGAAUGGUGGCAACUGGAUAAAGUGCAAUGACUACAAUGUCAUUGACACCCACUACACUGUCCUCAACCUGCCAGAAGGCAGUGAUGUAGAAUUCCGUGUAUAUGCCAUCAAUGCUGCUGGCAAAUCUGAACCUUCCCAGACUGCCCAGCCAGUCAAGAUCCGCGAGGCUGCUCCCGGCGAGAAGCCAUUCUUUGUCAAGAAUCUGCAAAACACUGCUGUGGCCUUGCACAAGUCCAUCACCUUGGAGUGCCAGGCUGAAGGCAAGCCAAUGCCCACAGCCCGCUGGCUCAGGAAUGGCCGUGAGGUGACCCUUGGUGGACGCAUCAAGGCAGAGGAGAAGAAUGGUAAGUUCUCACUGACCAUCACUGAUAUGUGGGAGGUGGAUGAGGGUGACUAUGCCUGUGUGGCAGCCAAUGACGCUGGCCAGGCCACCUCCGUUGCCCAUGUCAGGAUUGGCAAUCCUCCACGCAUCACACAGAUGCCAGAAUGCCUGUACCUGCCUGAGGGAGACAACACCAAGAUCAAGAUCUACUUCACUGGUGACCUGCCUCUGGAUGUGACCCUUGCACAGAAUGGUGAGCCAAUCUUGGAGUCACCACAUCUCAAGUUCACUGUGUUUGAUGAAUUCAUCAUUAUCUUCAUCAAGGAGAUCAACAAGCAUGAUGCUGGCCAGUACACUCUCACUGUCAAGAAUGACUCAGGUUCUGUGUCUGGCAGCUUCACUGUGUACAUCACUGGUGUGCCCGGAGCCCCGACUGCACCACUUGACAUCACAGACAUCAGCCGCCACAUGUGCACCCUCAACUGGCGGCCACCUUCCUAUGAUGGUGGCAUGCCCAUCACUCACUACAUUGUUGAGCGUAAGGACGUUACAUACCCCAACUGGAUUACCAUCAACUCCUUCUGCAAGGACUGCAGCUUCACUGUGCAGGGUCUCACAGAGGGACAGGAAUAUCUCUUCCGUGUCAUGGCUGUUAAUGACAAUGGCAUGGGCCCGCCUCUGACUGGUGCCAACCCCAUCAAGGCCAAGGCUCCUUACGACCCACCAUCUCCACCUGGUGUUCCCAAGGUCACAGAAGUGGGAGGCGACUUCGUGCACCUGGAAUGGGACCGGCCUGAGAAGGAUGGAGGCUCCCGCAUCAAGGGCUACUGGAUAGAGAAGCGAGAGGUUGGAUCCAACAUCUGGACAAUGGUGAACCAGUACAUCUGCCUCCCAACACAGAUCAGUGUUCCCAACCUGAUUGAGGACCGUCAGUACGAGUUCCGUGUGUGUGCUGAGAACGACGCCGGCAUGUCACAGCCAUCCACCAACUCCACCUCUGUCAGGAUCAAGGACCCCAACGCUGCCACACCACCAGAGAUCCUUACACCACUGCGCAACGUGAUGGCCAUCCAGCACAGGAGUGCCCACCUUACCUGCCAGAUCACUGGCAAGCCCAAGCCCAACAUUUCUUGGUUCAAGGGCAUGCGCGAACUCUGCAACAGUGCCAAAUAUUCCAUGACUCGCGAUGGAGACACCUACACCCUGACAGUGCACGACGUGUACGGAGAGGAUGAAGAUGAGUACAUGUGCCGUGCCCAGAAUCCCGGCGGCAUCAGGAGCACCAAGGCUGAGAUCUCCAUCAAGUUGGCUCCCAAGAUCAACGUUCCUCCAAGGUUCCGCGACACUGCCUUCUUCGACAAGGGUGAGAAUGCAGUCAUCAAGAUUCCCUUCAUUGGCAACCCCAGGCCCAAGAUUACCUGGACCAUGGAGGGUGAGACCAUUGAGUCUGGCAGCCACUAUGCAGUUGAAACUCAGCAGCGACACGCCAUCCUCACCAUCAGGGACGUCACUAACCUGGACACUGGCAACUACAGACUCACUGCAGAGAAUGAAUUGGGCUCAGACUCUGCCAUCAUCAAAAUCCAGAUCUCAGACCGGCCAGACCCACCACGCAUGCCCAAGGUGGAGAGCGUCAUGGGCAAGGAGUGUGUGCUCAGCUGGCAGGUGCCUGCUUGGGAUGGCGGCGCCAACAUUAACAACUACAUCAUUGAAAAGCGCGAACUGCCCAUGGAGUCAUGGAUCAAGUGUGCCAACACUCGCCUCACCACCGCACAGAUCAAGGGCUUGAGUCCAGGACACAAGUACCAGUUCCGUAUCUAUGCCGAGAAUGUGUAUGGGCGUUCAGACCCAUCACAGGUAACCAGCAUCGUGGAGACACCAGCACCACUCACCAAGAAGCACAAGAAGAAGGAGUACGAGGUGGAUGAGACCGGUAAGAAGAUCCGAGGCAGGAAGGAAUCUGUUGAUGACUACGACAGGUUUGUAUUUGACGUGUACUCCAAGUACGUGCCACAGCCUGUGGACAUCAAGCAUGACUCUGUGUAUGAAUACUACGACAUCCUGGAGGAGAUCGGCACUGGCGCCUUUGGAGUGGUGCAUCGCUGCCGUGAACGCAAGACUGGCAACAUCUUCGCUGCCAAGUUCAUCCCUGUGGCCUCCGCCAUGGAGAAGGAGCUGAUCCGUAAGGAGAUUGACAUCAUGAACCACCUGCACCAUCCUAAGCUGAUCAACCUCCAUGACGCCUUUGAGGACGAUGAUGAAAUGGUCCUCAUCUUUGAAUUCCUGUCUGGUGGAGAACUGUUUGAGAGGAUCACUGCUGAGGGCUACACCAUGUCUGAGGCCGAGGUGAUCAACUACAUGCGACAGAUCUGUGAAGGCGUGAAGCACAUGCAUGAAAAGAACAUUAUCCACUUGGACGUGAAGCCUGAGAACAUCAUGUGUCAGACCAAGAACUCAACCAAUGUGAAGCUGAUCGACUUCGGACUGGCCACCAAGCUGGACCCCAACGAAGUGGUCAAGAUUUCCACCGGCACCGCAGAGUUUGCAGCACCAGAGAUUGUGGAGAGAGAGCCUGUUGGCUUCUACACAGAUAUGUGGGCCGUGGGUGUGCUUGCUUAUGUCCUCCUCAGUGGCCUUUCACCCUUCGCUGGAGACAAUGACAUUGAGACGCUGAAGAACGUGAAGGCUUGUGAUUGGGACUUCGAUGAUGAAGCCUUCAAGAAUGUGUCCAAUGAAGCCAAGGACUUCAUCCGCCGCCUCCUUAUCAAAAAUAAGGAGAAGCGCAUGACCGCCCACGAGUGUCUGAUGCAUUCCUGGCUAAGAGGCGACUACUCCCCGCGUCUGGAGCCGAUUGAUAUGAUGCGAUACAUUCCCAUCCGUGACAAGAUCCGUGCCAAGUACAAGGAGUGGGAGAAGUUCCUGCUUCCCAUCGGUCGCCUGGCUGAGUAUUCCUCACUCAGGAAACUCCAGCGAGAAAAGUACAGAAUACACGACACACACUUCGACCGUCUGCAGUGUGCGCCGAGGUUCGUGAUCAGACCUCAGAAUGCCUUCACAUAUGAGGGACAGAGCGUCAAGUUCAACUGUCGCAUUGUGGCAGUGGCAGCACCAACAGUCUGCUGGUUCCACAACAACAUGGAGCUGCGCCAGUCUGUCAAGUACAUGAAGAGGUACUCUGGAGAGGAUUAUUCAUUCGUCAUCAACCGUGCCAAGUUGGAUGACCGCGGCGAGUACAUCAUCCGUGCUGAGAACCACUAUGGGGCCAGGGAGGAGCCUGUCUUCCUCAAUGUUCAGCCUCUUCCACCAGAGAUCCCUCAGUACAGGCCACAAGAACAGAUUGUGCGUCGUCGCCAGCCUCUCUCCUACAAGUUGUGGCAAGAAGAGAGUGAGAGUGCACCAAGCUUCACCUUCCUCCUUCGUCCUCGUGUCAUCCAGUGCCACCAGACCUGCAAGCUGCUCUGCUGUCUCUCUGGCAAGCCAGUGCCUACUGUCAAGUGGUUCAAGGGCAACCAGGAACUGUCCAAGUUUGAGUAUUCCAUGAAUCAUGCUGACGGUGUGGUUGCCAUGGAGAUCGUGAACUGCAGACCUGAGGACUCUGGAAAGUACAAGUGCGUUGCCACCAACACCCAUGGCCAAGACGAGACCUCUUGUGUGGUGAUUGUUGAAGGCACCGGUGACCGAACGGCAGAACAGACAACUCUGAUGAAAAAUCUGAAAUACACAGACCGAAGGUAUCUUGAGACCACCAUCAAGGAUCUGCCAGCACCUCCCACGCCAGCCAUCAAAGUAGACACUGUCCCAAAAAAGACAACAAAGGCUGCCCCUGCUCCUGCCCCUGCUGCUGCCCCAAGCAAGACUGAAGACACUGGAAAGAGGGCACUGAAGCCUUAUGGCAAGAGGCAAGACUCUACUGGCAGCACUUCCAGGUCUCGCUCAGCAACUAAGGAACUAGAAUUGCCACCUGAUGAUUCCCUCAUGGGUCCUCCUGGGUUCUCUGGAGAGCUUCCACCCAACCUCUCUAUCAAGGACGGAGAAAUGCUGUGCCUGAAGUGCACAGUCAAGGGUGACCCAGAGCCCCAGGUGUCGUGGUUCAAGGACGGCGAGUCCAUCAGCUCCUCAGACAUCAUUGAUCUCAAGUACCGUCAGGGCCUGGCAUCUCUCACCAUCAAUGAAGUUUUCCCAGAGGAUGAAGGCGUAUACUGCUGCAAGGCUACCAAUUCCUUAGGCGCUGCUGAGACUAAGUGUACCCUUAAGAUCAUGCCCAUGGAGCAGCAGAUGAAUGGAAAGGGUGGCAAGGGUGACAAGCUCCCAAGAAUCACUGACCACCUCAAGUCCAGUGAGGUACAAGACGGCACCUCACACACCCUCUCUUGCAAGAUCGGUGGUGCCUCCAAAUUUGAUGUGGUCUGGCUACACAAUGAGAAGGAGAUCAAGCCUUCCAAGGACUUCCAGUAUGUGACGGAAGGCGACAAGUACUUGCUCAAGAUUGCUGAGGUGUUCCCAGAGGAUGCGGGAACUUACACCUGCGAGGCAUUUAACGACAUCGGUGAAACAUUCAGCUCGUGCACACUCACUGUUAUAAUACCGGGAGAAGACAAGAAGCAGCCAGCAUUUAAGAAGUACCCACGCUCCCAGACAGUGGUGGAAGGCAAGGCCGCAAGCUUCCCCGUCAAGUUUGAGAAGGAGCCUCAGAAGGUUUCCUGGCUGAAGGACGGAAAGCCUGUGGAUGAGACCUCUCCUCGCUACAAGUUCAUGCAGGAGGGCAAGAAGGAGUUUGCCUUUGAAAUUCCUAACUGCCUCCCAACAGACGUGGGACAGUAUAUUGUGAAGGCAACAUCCAAAAAGGGUGAAACCACAGCUGCCUUCUCCCUUAAUGUGCACUCUACCGAUGAACUGUGAACCACCUACCCACCCCAUUAAGGCAUUGAUUGGACCACAUGGCCGCCAAUGUCACGUGAAUCUCGUGAGUCACGAGAGCGCGUGACUGACGAACUCCAUGGCCCCUCAGUAAGCCCAGGCUGACUGUGGUGGCCUUCAAGCAAGCAUUUUCACCGCGUUAUAGUACUGUGUGCAUGUUCGCUUUUGUGCUACAUGUAUAUUUCCCGUGAGAUUAUUAUUUAUCAUCACUACUAUAAUUAAAACAGUUAUUAGUGAUAGGAAACCUGUUGGAUGGGGAAACAUGUCCAAGGAGAGAAAGACAACAUUAACACCAUAUCAGAGUUUUGUGCACACUAUGUGACUAGAUGUACGUAUUCAGUUUUCAAUCCCGUUCACACACACGCACACACAUGAAGCACAACCCCAGCACACUACUCGUUUCAGAUCUUUUUGGAACCUCCCCUGCUCCUUUUCAAUCCUACUAGUGAUGUUUUGUCCCCUGUUUACCCCUUGUUUUGUUUUGUUUCGAUUCUCUAACAACAGGGAGAUGGUAACCCGCUCUUGUAUGGGUUGGAAUUGCACCACAACUCAUAUGAUGGUGGAUUGGAUCUCCUUAACCAUCUAAGCCUCUCAUUCUGUCUCAUCGCCUCUUUCUCUCUUUACAAAUUUCCCGCCAUGUUCUCUCGUCGUUGUACGUUCGUCAGCCUGAGCACCAAUCACAUAGGCCCUCACCCUGCUACCCAUGCCACGUUACAUCCCAAGAGCCAAUUAGGAGUUCUGACGUUUGUAACUUAACCAAUGGCUGUGCUCAGAUACAGUGAUGGAUACGCCUCAGUAGCCAACCAGAGGGUGUGGCUGGUGUGGGUAGUGGAGGAAAGGUAGAUCAAGACGCUAACUGUACGAGAAUUGCCAUUGUAACGUGUAUAAGGCUUUUACGCGAGAAAUAUAUGUGAAUUUUAUUA